AUGUCACCAAAACCAUCAAUUGUUAUUAUUCCGGGCUCAUUUACCGGCCCGGAACUUUACACCACCCUAGGCUCGCUGUUGGAGGGCCAAGGCUUCGAAGUCUUCGUCGGAACACUGCAGUCUGCCAGUCGCACGGCACCAGAAAAACCAGCAACAAUGAAGGAAGAUGCCGCGUACUUCCGGGGAGUCGCUGAAUUCCUGGCCAGCCAGGGCAAAGACGUGAUUGUUUUAGGACACUCCUACGGUGGCAUAGUUGCGACCGAGUGUGUGAAAGGGGUGACAAAGGCCGAGCGCGAGGUGCAAGGAAAAACCGGUGGUGUUGUGAGAGUGUUGUACUUGGCAUCUGUGUUAGGAGAUAUAGGGCAAGGUUCCCUUGAGGCAAUGGGCGGUCAACUGGGGCCAUUCAUUCGCAUCCUGGGCGACUAUAUGCAUAUGGAUGGAAACGCGGCCGCCCCAGUGAUUUACAAUGACUUACCCGAGAAAGAGGCCUUGGAGUGGGCAGAUCGCGGGAAAUGUCACUCGACGACGAGCUUUCUCGACCCCCUGACAUUCAGCGCGGUCGACCAUGUCCCUAUCACGUAUAUCCACACAGAAAGGGAUAAUAUUCUCAUCCCCGAAUAUCAGAAGGCAUGUGUCGAAAAGCUCAGGAAGCGGAAUGCCAAGAAUGUAUCGACAGUAAACAUCAAUACAGGCCACAUGCCAAAUGUGACCGCCCCCGAGGUGACGGCGAAGGGGAUUAUCGACGCUAUUGGUGCUGUUUGA